CUUUCCGUCGGCAAACUAUUUCCUUCUAGAAAAAGUUUCUCGUAAAAUUCGCUCAAUCGAUAAUAUCGAAACUAUUUUUUUGACGAAUUUGAAAUUUUUUUUUUCUUGAUUCACAAAUCAAAUUCUGAUUUGUUUUUUUUUUUAGGUACUAGAAUUAACGAAAUGAUGAUAAUAAGUUUGGUUCUGACUUUUAUAUCAUACAAACAUAGGCCAUAAAAAACAUUUACGACUUUUUGGCUCGCGGCUAGUCUCGCACUGAGAGAAAAAAAAAGAAAUGAAAUCAAAAGCCGGUUUCACAAAGACACUUUUUUUUUGCCGUAUUUAUAAGAGUUGUUCUGAUUAAUUUUAUUGCUUCUAAUAAUAACAACGUGAUUUAUGACAUCCGAUGCAAGUUCAUGAACUGAGGAUAUCCUUCUUUCUUAUAGAAAAAAAAAUAAAUAGGAAAAUUUAGGUAGAUUAAAUAAAUUUAGAAGGUAAAUAAUUUUGAGUGAAGAUCCGGUGGGAGGAGGUAUAUAUGAAAUUUUUGGGGAUGAUACGGAAAUUGUGUAUUUUGGUUGAAUGCAAUAUAUAAGUUGUUUGACGCCAACUGACAGUCGAGUAUAUUCGUGAGAGUAAAGCGUAACUGCGAGUUUAGGAGAGAUCUAUUCGCAAGAGGAGGGGAAAUAAGAAGAAGGGAUGGGGGGAAGAAGAAGAUAGCAAGAGGGAGACGGCAGAUAGAACGAGAUGUGUCAUUGAGAGAGAAGAUUAAGUGAGAAAUGAGAAUUAAGAUUUCGGUAGAGCAAAAAGGUAAAUAAGACGAGAAACAAUAUAUGUAUAUGAGUAUAAUAAAAUCGAAAGAGGAGAACAGAAGGAAAAAAUUGGACUUAAACAAAUAAUAUAAAAUUAUACUAGACAAAUAAUAUAAAAUUAUAUUAGAUAAAUAAUAUAAAUUAGACUCAACAAAUAUGACUGUCACGCUCCACGGUGAAAGGGACCUUAGUUGCAAACAAAUUUUAGGUUAUGUUUAGUGAUUCACCAUCAUUAAACAUUUAUUUUUAAUUAUGCCAUGGAAAAAUAUUUUUAUCUGGAACAGCGAUAUGUUUCUAAAAUAGCUUUUAUAUUUUUUUAUAUUAAAAACUGUGUUUUAUAUUAAAAUAACUUUUAUAUUAAGAAACUUUUUGUAGUAUCGCUUUAAAAAACACAAACAUAACCUAAAAUUUGUUUGCAGCUAAGGUCCCUAUCGCCGUGGAGCGUCACAUAUUUAAAAAUAAAUUAUAUUUAAGAAUAGAGGAUAUUUAAAAACAAAUUAUAUUUUAAAAUAAAGGAUAUUUAAAAAUAAAAGAUACUUAAACAUAAAGGAUAUUCAAAAAUAAACUCCAAAAUACAAAAAAAAAGUACAAAAUAGUUUUGGGAAAAUAUAAGAAGUACAGGUAAAAAUGAUGUGAGGGAGAAAUAAUAAGCAAUGAUAAGUAUGUACUUGGAGAAGAAUAGGAGGCAUAACAUACAGAAAGAUAGAAGUAAGCCGAAAAGAUAAAUGAACAAAGAAAAAGGGGGGAGAUACGAGGAGCAGAGUUUAAAAAAGAUUGAAAAAAAAAUCCAAAAACGAUGAAGAGAGAGGCAAAAGAAGAGAAAUAGAACAAAAUUUGAAGAAAAAGAGAGAAAUUAGAAAAAGGCCGAUAGUUCUUAUCAUAUAUGAGAAAGAGAAGGAUAGUUAGAAAAAGUGAGAUGGAUCACUGAAGAAAGAGACAAGAUCGAUGAAAAGAGAGAGAGAGAAGACACUCUCUUCAUUUCUAACAGAGAGAGAGAGAGAAAAAACCCAAAACGAUGAUACGAAAAGAAAGAGAUGAUUUGAAGUGAAAGAGAGAAAGAAUACCAAAAAGAGAGAAGGAAUACCGAAAAGAGAGAAAGAAUACCGAAAGAGAGUAAGAACAUCGAAAAAGAGUAAGAGCACCAUAAGAGUAAGAGAGAAAUACCAAAAAGAAAGAGGAAAAAUAACAAAAAAGAAGAAAACGAAACGAGAGAAAAAGAGAGAGGCUGAAGAAAAGAGAGAGUAUUGAGAAACAGAGAGAGAAAGAAAGUACAAGAGCGAGAUGGAAUCGGAGAGUGAGAGAGAGAUAAGAGAGAGAUAGUGGAGUGAGAAGGAGAAGUAGAGAAAGAGGGAAAACGAAGAGACCCAUUCAUCUUGGCGCGCCUAGCCUGUACGGGAUUGGCUGUGGGUGAGUGAGGCCGUCAGUUGAUUGGCCGGUUCUGUUUACCAGCUGUGUUGAAUUCAGGAGAGGGAGGCGAGAGACAAGCGGCGCCAUUAUUGUAAGGGGUUACAUUUAGCUGGCUGUGGUGUGUAGUACGCGGCGUUCGGGAUAGGGGGCUAUAGUACCCUCAUGCAUGGCCCAUAAAGGAUUCGUCGACUAUCCGAGAAGUACGCAAGAAACGGCUUCUAACACCUGACAGGCCACGCUCCUCCUUGGUCUCGUGUUUAUAUUCCCAAGACCAGCUGAUCACAAUUUCAAAAUAAUUUUUUUCCUUUUUAAAAUAGGAUGCGUAAGUGUCAAUAAAAAAAUAGUGAGCGAGGAGGAAUACGAAAUCGCGAAAGAAUAUGUGCGGGACCAAUAUGGUGUUGUUGGUGGACUGUGGUGACCAGUGCGGGUGUUGACUGUCCAAGGAGGGACGCACGGCGGCGGCGAUAUGAGUUCGAAAUUCAUAAUAGAUAGUAUGCUACCAAAGUAUCAUCAACAAUUUCAUCAUCAACAAUUGUUCUCAAGCGCGAAUCCAAGCUCAGUUCAGGCCUGUUCAUCGAGUCCAGUUUCAAGUUUAGAGUCGAGUUUAUCGGCAGUUGCUGCCGCGGCUGUUAAUUACGCUCAACAUAAUUCACCGAGUCCGACGGGCUCGAGUCCUCAGCACUCAGGAAGUUCGGCCUCAACAUCACCGGCGGCGCGCGCCACCUCCAGUAUGUACCCCUAUGUAUCAGCGGCUGCGGCCCAUCAUCAUCAUCAACAACAACAAGCGGUAGCGGCCGCCGCUUUUGGUGCCACAUCGGGUAUGGUACCUGGUUUUGGUUCAUCAGCGGCGUCAAGCGCUGCAUUAGCGGCAGCGGCGGCCGUUGACGCUGCAACAACCGGUGACAAAUCAUGCAGGUACACUGCAAGUUUAACGGGAAAUGUUGCACCAUCGGCAAAUGAUCCAAUGGUAAAUUAUACAUUGGGACAUCAUCAUCAAAAUGGAGCAACCCCCGGGGGACUUGUGUCCUCAGCGUCGGCGUCCUCAGCUGUAUCAGCGGCAUCGGCUUCAAUGGCGGCUGCUGCACAAUUUUAUCAUCAAGCAGCAGCAGCGUCCGCUGUUGUUGAUCCUCUUGCUUCCUGUCAACAACCAACCCCAGGACAACCUGGAAUUCCAGAGAUACCACGCUAUCCAUGGAUGUCCAUCACCGAUUGGAUGAGUCCCUUCGACAGAGUCGUCUGUGGGGAGCGCAUGUCCAAUCUAAAUACCCUGGACAUAUGCCGUUCUGAGCCGUUGUCAAAGCAGAAUUUCAAUGAUCUUACUUGGGAGGGUCAAUAUUAUAGUCCAAAUGGUUGUCCGAGGCGUAGAGGUCGACAAACCUAUACACGAUUUCAAACGUUGGAAUUAGAGAAGGAAUUUCAUUUCAAUCAUUACCUAACGAGAAGACGACGAAUAGAAAUAGCGCACGCACUUUGUUUAACGGAGAGGCAAAUCAAGAUUUGGUUUCAAAAUCGACGGAUGAAAUUGAAGAAGGAAUUAAGGGCGGUUAAAGAAAUAAACGAGCAGGCUCGUCGUGAACGUGAAGAGCAAGAUAUGAUGAAAAAACAACAGGCUGAAAAACAAGCAAAAAUGCAACAGGAGCAACAAAAUGCCCUUCAGCAUCAACAACACCACGUUGGUGGUCUCGAUAAAACGCAAACCGAUCUCCUCAAGGCUGUCAGUAAAGUUCAGGCAUAGGGUACAACAUUGCUCACUUCACUCUCUCUUGCCUAGGAGUUAUAAUUAUUAAAUAGCACACAUACACUUACACACACACACAUACAAAAAAAAAAUAAAACACUCGACUACGUACUUAUACCUUUUGGCGAGGCCAAAACAAGCGUUAAUCGUGGUCUCGCUCGACUGAUUCUAGAAUGUAUUUUUUGUAAGACGGAAGUGACAAUGAGCCAUCGUGAUCUUCGUAUGAUCGGCUUUUGUCCAGGACAACAGUGUGUCAAAAAUGACACCCCUCCACCCCCCUAAUUCCCCUCACAUAUGGCAACAAGUUGUCGAAGAGAUGAAGACUGCAUCGUUUACGUUUUUCCUGUUCCCUUUUAAAAAAAAGAAUAGAAGAACAGAAUUCCCCUUUUCAAAAAUGGUCCUUUCUCUCCGAGGAACCUUUUUUAUUUUUGAUCCAGAAAAUCUGGAUAUGGCUAAAGUGCAACAAAUUCCUGAAAAAAAGGAAUUGAUAGUUUAGAGAGCCUCUUUCGUUCGUUGAACGAUUCUCAUCGACUCCCUAUAAAAACGGCGACUUCUCAAGAUUUCAUCAAGAUCCACAAGAUUUGUCUCAAGAGCGUCUAAUUUUCUUCAAAAAAAAACUAUUUUGUUUGUAAUAAAUUUUGAAAAAAUACAAUUUUAAAGUCUCUUUCCGUUUAAAGUGAUUAAUUAGCUCAAUUGGUUAAGGCGCCUUCUACUGAAUGUAAUUCAAGGGUUCGAAUCUUCCCAACUGUGUUUUUUUUUCGAAAAAAUAAAUUGAAACAGUUGCUAUGGUAACGGUUACUAUGGAAAUUGCUAUGGUUGCUAAAAAUGAAAAUACUUUAUAUCUUCGAGACAAUGGACUUAAAUUUUUGAUGAAGUGGAAAUUAUUCAUCAUAUAUUGCAAAACAAUUACCCGGUGAUUCAUCUGUGACUAUUCUUAUGUUAAGAAUUUGAUGAUAUAAAAAUUUGCAAAAAAAAAAAAAAAAAAAUGGUGAUUACAGCCGCAAAUAUUCAAGAGUCAGGGACAAUGUUCUUAAGACCUUGUGGGACUCGGAAUUUAUAUAGACGCAAUGACGCAAUUUAAAUUAGGGUAACGUCUAAUGGACUCGAGACAUUCUUUAUAUAAAAAAAAUAUGUAAAGAAUGGAUUCAAUUAUUUUUUUUACCGGUGCUAAGAAGACUUUUUUUUUUGUUUUCGUUUUAUUUAUAUUGAAAUUUAAUUAUUGAUUAAGUAUAUAGAAAAAUUGAUCAUAAUUCGAAAAUGAUAAUUGGCAAUUAGUCAAACUAGUUAGUCAAACAAUAAAAACUCGUUGUUUUUUUAAUUCCUAAAUAAUUUAAAAAUUUGAAAAAAAAUUUUUUUUUUUUUUUACUUAAAAAGUAUAGAAAUGAAAAUAAAUUAUAUUUUCGAAUUAAUGAUUCUUUUUUUUCAAUAGCGUUAUUAAAAAGAAAAAAAAAAUUUAUUGUGUUCAAAUUAUAGUUGAAUAGUAGUCAUUUAAAUCAAUUUUGAUCUGUUAUUCCGGUUAUGAAUCCCUGUGAAAAAAAUUUGUUGUUUAUUGUGUUAACUUUACAAAAUGAAAAAAAAAGAAUUUAAUUUUAAAAAAAGUUGAAUUUAAUUUUUUUUCUCAUUGAAAAUUAGAACAAUUUUUUAAAAUUGUUAUAAAUUGGUCGUUGAUUUUAAAUAAUAAAUUGUAAUUACAUUAAAUGUAAUAAUUUUUACAAUUUUCGCUUAAUUUUUUUUUUUAAUAUUUUUUUUUUCACCCUUGCCAAAACGGAAAUACGUAUGCAGUCUAAAAUAAUUAAAUUUUGGAGUAAUAUUUAAAGUAGCCUUAUUCUAUUUUUAAUUAUCAGUAGAAAUUUUUUAAUAUUAUAAAAAAUUGAAAUAAAAAAAAAAUUGAUUGCGAAAAAUUGAAUACUUUUUUGAAUUAACAAACAUAAUUCAAAAUUGAGAAUAGAAGAGGGCUAUUUUAAAUGGCAAACAAUCCAAAUUCAAGCAAUUUAUCUUGGAACUUAACGACCAGGAAACAUGGAAAUGAGUAAUAAUUCUAUAAUACCGGACGAGUAUCUCACUCAUAGUACAUUAAAUACGUAAUUUGGUGUCAGGGUAGACCUUUCCGUAGAGUAGAGCCUGUUGUUGGUAUUGCUUAACUAGAAUACUUAUAAAAAGACAAAAAAAAGAAAAAUCGUAAUUAAAAAAAAUUUUUUUCCCACACAUAUCCCAAAAAUUAUCAAACAAAAUUUUUCGACGCAUCAAAAAAAAAAAAAAAAAUAUUGUUUAGAGAAAACUUUUUUAAAUCUCAACAUUUUUAGAUCUUAAGAAACUGUAUAAAAAUUCAAAGUUUAUAUAUAUAUAUAUAUAUAUAUAUAUAUAUAAAUAAAUAAUUAGAAUAAAAAAAAAAUGAUAAUUUUUGGGAUAAGUGUUGAAUGUAAAAUGCGACCUUAAAAAAUAAAAAAAAAAACGUAAUUACUUCGUAAAUGUAUAAUUCAAAUUGAUAAGCAUAUUAACUAAUGAAGAGAGUCCGCGUUAUCGUGCUCCGGAAGCAAGGAACGAAAAAUAGAAUACGUAUAAAAAUGUACGUAACAAAUUAAUAAAAAAAAUAAUAAUUAAUGAAAAAAAAAGACGACGACGACAAGCAAACUCUAAUAGACGUCCGAACCCAAGGUGAAAUCCCAUAUACAUAUAUAAAUAAAUAAAAAAAAAAAUUAUAUAUAUAUAUAUAAAUAUAGAGUAUCUAUGUAUAGGUAAACGUGAAGGAAAAUGAAUACUUUACCAUUAAUUAUAUCUAAUUAAAAUAUUAUUCUAAACAGUAUCCGUAUGUAAUUAAGACGCGUAUGCGAGUCCACACACGAUAUUCUCACGUAUAAUCUAUUAUAGCGAGAAGUACCCUAUUUGUAAUAGUAUUUAGAUUUUUUUUUUUCGAGGGAGCUCGCAGAAUCGAAGAUCGAAUGAGAAAAAUCUCGAUUUUUUUUUUAUGUAAGGGCGUGUUAGAACAAUUUAAAGGGAUAUUUGUCUUUAAGAUUUUUAUUCUUUUUUUUUUUUUUCAUUUUUGUAGAUUGAAAAAUUUUUUAAUUUUAUUACAAUACAAUUUUAGUAUUAAUUAAUAAUUUUGUAAAUUUAUUAUUAUUUUUAUUAUUAAUUAAUACUAAUAAUAAUUUUAUCAUUAAUUAAUAAAUUAAUAAUUAUUAUUAUGAAUAAUUUAAUCGAACGAGAAAUUGAAUAAAAUGUUAUUAAUAAAUAAAAUUAAAUAAAUAAAUUAAAAUUUUUUAAUUUAAAACACGAUCUAAAAAGGCAAAUAUUCCCUUUAAAAAAUAAUUGUAAUAUAGAUAUAUAUAUAUAUAUAAACGGUUCCGCGUACUUUUGAAUUGCUUUUUUUUCAGCCAUAUUUGGAUUAUAAUUAUUAUUAAAUUUUUCGCAAAACGUCAAAGAGUGUGAUCACGCCCGGCACAUGUAUACGGCAAAAUUUUUUGGAGCAGACAAAAAGUGCGUUUAGGUGACUUUGAAAAAUAAAAAAAAAAAAAAAAAAAAAAGAAAAAAAAAUGGUUCCGACGAAAUGGUGUAUCAAUUUUGUAGAAAGCUUUAUGAUAACCUUGUAUUAUGAUCUAUUAUCGCUAUAGUUACGUUUGAUGUUAUGUCGUUAAUUAUUAAUGAAGCGGUAGUGAGUAGAAACGAUGAAGUGGCGGCGCCGAUACGUCCGUAGACUCAUAAAAAAAAAAAAUAAAUAAAUAAUAAUAAUUCGUAUAAACGAGCGGUUUUUGUACAGAUUACACUUACUUAGAAUAUUUACUGUAAUUAAGGAGGCGAACGAAUAAGGAGCUUACAGGACGAUCUGCCAGAGUCAAAGAAUCUAAAACGUUUUUUUUUUUCUAUUUAUUAAACUAUCAUUUCGUUAUUAUUAUUAUUAUUAUUAAUAUUAUUAAUAUUAUUAAUAUUAUUAAUAUUAUUGAUAUUAUUAUUAAUAUUAUUAUUAAUAUUAUUAUCAUCGAAAUGAUAUGAUUUUUUUUAUCAAAAUAGUUUAAAAAAGAAUGUUCUCUUUUUGAAGAAAAAAAAAAAUUAUUGUAUCGUAUUUUUAAAAAAGCAAAAACUCUUUUGUAAAUAUUUAUUUAAUUCUCCUAUUUUUUCCCCCUUUGUGAGAGAAUGAGAGAGUGUUACUUUAGUAUUGUAAUUUGUUUUUUCUUUUUGUAAGAGAGAGAGAGAGAGAGAGAGAUAGGACACAUAAUGAGAAAAUAAAAUUGACGCAGACUGUCAAUUAGCAAUACCCUCUGUGAAGAGAAAUUAUUAAAGAAUGAAAGAAGAGCGAUUCUGUUGACCACAUAAUUUUUUUUUUUUUUUUUUUUUUUAUUGUUCAUGGUCGCCAGUGCUUUAUUGUUUGAAACCUUUUAUAUUUUUCCCGCCUCUGAUGGCGUGAAGGUGAAUUUUGUUUUUUAAAAAAAAGGAAAAAAUUAAUAUAAAAAAGAAACAAAAGAAGGAAAAAUAAUUAUUGCGCGGGCGCCGUCCACACUCAAAAAUAAUAAUAAUAAUAAUAAUAAUAAUAAAGCUUCCUGUCAGCUCGUCUCCGCAUGUUCGACUUUAUGAAAAAUAGCGACUAUUAUUCAUAUCAUAUUUAGCGUUUCUAUUUUCAUCCAUUCUCCAAAUAAAUCUUUGAUCAUUCCCUCAUCCAUUUUCCUCAUUCCCUAAUUCCCUAUUUCCCUAAUUUCCCUCUACAUUUAUUAUAAAAUAUAUGCAUAAAAACUAAUCUCACGCUAAAGUUCAAACUUACCGUUUUAUAAGUAAGAUAUACAAUGUUUUUUAUUCGAUGAACAGAUUUUUUUUUUCAUAACUACGAAAAUAUUUAAUUACCUCAGAGCCAAAGUUUCAAAUAAUUUUGAUAUUAAAUACAAAUAUUUUCCAUAAAAAAAGAUUUUUUUAUUUAAAAAAAAAAAAAAAAAGUUAUUAGGUUCUGAGAUUAUUAUUUUUUAUUUGCUUCAAAUAAAAAACAAAAAAAAUUAUUUAUUAAAAAAAUCAGUAGUCAAUUUUUGUUUAUUAAAAAAAUGUUCAACGAAUCGAAAACAUUGAAUAGUACAACAUUUUGCCCAACUUGCCAAACUCGCGACCAUAUUAAAAAAAAAGGUUCAAAAUGGGUAGGAUUUUUGAGACUAUAUAUAAUAAAAAGGCGUUGAGGACUUCUCUUAUCCGAAUUAAGAAGAUUAGUAAUGAUAAGAAAAAAAAAAAAACUAUAGAGUACGGCUCAAGGGAUGAUGAUAAUCGUGAAAUACCAAGAGGGAUGUGUGAUUGCUCGUAUGUUUGAGAAAAAUACUAUAAGCAAAAAAAUAAAUAAAUAAAAGAAUGCAUACAAAAAAAAAAAUAGUUUAAAAAAAUUUCCCAGUAAAAAAAUUGAGCGCUUAUUAUUCCAAUCCGUCUCGUGAAAAAAAUUGUUAUAUUUUCUUUAUAUCAUUGUUUAUUUAUAUGAACUGUUUAUUUUACUUUAUAUUUUUUGCGUAAUUGUUCAUUUUUUUUUUUUUUUUUUUUUUUUUUGUUAAUGUAAGAAUGAAAGAGAAAAAGGUACUGACAGACCAUGUAAGACUUAAUUUAGCUUCCGUAUUCUUGAUAGCAAAAACGAAAAAUUAAACCAGUGAUUAAAUAUAAGGAUGGAAAAAAAAUUCAUAGGGGGCGGGGGAGGGUUUUAGAAAAAUAAAUUCUGGGAUUUUUUUUUAGCAAUUUCCACAAAGGACGUAAAAAUGAAAAUUGCGCCAAAGAUUUGAAAAAAAAAAUUGUUUCCAGUGUUUCUAAAGAUUUUUUCUUUAGUUUCAAAAUAGUUAUAAAAAAGAAAAAGAAUAAACUCAUAAAAUUUGUUAAAUUAUGUGUUUUAAUAAUUUCUUGUUUUGUAACAAAAGAAAAAAAAAUAUUGUAAUUUGUUAAUUAAUGUGUUUUAAUAUCGAUUUUUUUUGUUUUCUAUAAACGGAGUACAAUUUUCAAUUAAAUAAUGUAAUUUUUGUUUUGAAUGAAUAAUUUUUGUUUUGAAAUGUACAAAUUUUGUUUGGAAUGUACAAAAAUUUUGUUUGGAAUGAAAAAUUUUGAGUAUUGUUAAUGUUAAGUGUCGGGGGGGUGGGGGUUGUUGUAAUAUGUUCACUGUUUUCUUUUUUUUUUUUUUUGUAAAAUAAUCACACAAUGAAUUUUGGUCUACGAUCUUGUUAUUUCGACAGGCAGCUAUUGUUAAUUAUUUCCCCUUGUUUUUAAUAUUUAGAUCACAUUUUCGAUUGCUUCGCUUUUCCUCGCUGCUUUAAUGUUUCAGUUUUUUUUUCUGUUUGUUUUAUAUAAAUAUUUAAGGGACAUACUUUCAAAUUUUUUUUUUUUUUGGUUUUUUUUUUUUUUGAAAGUAGCUCAAUGACAUUAUUAUAGUCUUCAUGUUUCGUUUGUAAUAAAAUAAUUUUUCUUUCGAAACAAGAAAAUAAUUUUUUUUUUUUGUUUUAUAUAUGAACGAAACGUGUGUGACUUGUAUUAAAUACAAUUGUUCUUGACGCACCGUAUAAAUAUGGUAUAAAAAUGUUUUUUAUAAUAUCUUCAUCUACGUCCAACAAUGUACAAGGAAUUUCGCUGUGGCAAAAAAAAAAAAAAAAUGAAUCCAAUUGAGAAAAGAAAUCAAAAUAAAAACUUUUUCUAAGAAAAAAGUCUUUUUUUUUCUCAAAUGGAAUCAAUAUAGCUACGAAAAAAAAAAUACGUAAAUAAAUGUAAAAGUUCUUUUUUUUAGAAAAAGAGAUUAUAGGCGAAUUUCCUGAAAACUUGGAUCUCUCUUUUUAGAGUAUAAAAAAUAUAAAUAUAUAUAUAUAUAAUAAUAAAACUGGUUCCAAUGAGCGUAAGUCUUUUAAUCAAGAGAUUUUUUCUCUUACGUGUUGUCUCGCUGUACCUACCCCCCCCCCCCAACCCCCCACUUUUUAUUAAACGAGUCGUGGAUAUUAAUUGAUAAUUCUCGAUGUAAAUAUUAACAUAACCUUAAUAAUAAUAAUAAUAAUGAUAAUAUAAUCGUAUAAUUGCCCGUGAGCUAAGAUUCGUGGAUCUCGCAAAUUUUACCCAUGGAAUACCCUAUUUAUGUAUAACACUUAGCAAAAUAAGAGAUCGUAGCUGUCCUACAAAUACCAUACAAUACCACGAUAAGUAAUAAAAAAAAAAUAAAAAUAAAGUCUCAUGUUUUAACUGAAACUAUUAAAAAAAAUUAGUAUUACCACGAUUGAUGGCGAGACGUGAAGAAUUAUGACGAGGAAUUAAUCCAGUGACAAUGAAUGUAAAUGUAUCCAUUUUUCGAAACUUGAUGUAGAAUUAUACUCGUAAGCUAUAAACUAUGAUACGCAGACGAAAUAAACUCGUAUAGUAAAUUAAAA